UAGGAUUUUUUAUAAUUUAGGAAAAGUCUGAAAUUGUAAAAGUGUCUAAAUAUAUUUAGAACGUAUAAAGUACGAAAGUAAUAUAAAGGACGUUAUAGUAAAGUGAGUUGAAAAAUAUCUCUGAUGGAUAAGAGAGUUGAAUCUAAAAAUAUUAAUCAAAAUGAAGAAACGAACAACGACAUAAAAGAAGAUGAACACAAACAGCGCGAUGAUCGCUCUAACUCUCCGACAAUUUCAAAUGCGGAGAAUAGAAAAAUACAUCACAUUAGACUAUACAUAUGUAAAACAUGUUUUAAAGGGUUUAAGACUAAUUGGAUUUUGAGUAGACACGAGAGAACGCAUAAAAACGAAAAGCCUUAUCAAUGCGAGUUUUGUAAAUAUAAAUGUGGGCAAAAGGUACAUCUAAAUAGUCACGUGAUAUUAAAGCAUAAAGAUGAUGAACGUUUCAAGUCUAAUAAGGACCUAUAUUCAGGAGGUGUAUCACACAAAUGCGGAACGUGUAAUAAAGAGUUUAUGUACAUAACGCAUUUACGUAACCAUGAAAGAACUCAUACAGGCGAGAAACCUUAUCAAUGCGAAUUUUGUGAAAAAAAAUUUAGGCAAAAGGUACAUCUAAGUAGUCACGUGAUAUUAAAGCAUAAAGAUGACGAACGUUUCAAGUCUAAUAAGGACCUACAUGCUGGAGGUGUAUUACACAAAUGCGAAACGUGUAAUAAAGAGUUUAAGAACAAAACGCAAUUACGUAACCAUGAAAGAACUCAUACAGGCGAAAAACCUUAUCAAUGCGAAUUUUGUGAAAAUAAAUUUAGCCGGAAAGAUGGCCUAAUAUAUCACGUGAUGACAAAGCAUAAAAAUGAUAAAGGUCUUCACGAUUUCAAGUCUAAUAAGGAUCUAUAUACUGGAGGUGUAUCAUACAAAUGCGGAACGUGUAAUAAAGAGUUUAAAAACAAAGCGCAUUUGCGUAUUCAUGUGAGAACUCAUACAGGCGAAAAACAUUAUCAAUGCGAAUUUUGUGAAAAUAAAUUUAGUCAAAAGGUAUGUCUAACACGUCACGUGAUAUUAAAGCAUAAAGAUGAUGAACGUUUCAAGUCUAAUAAGGACCUACAUGCUGGAGGUGUAUUACACAAAUGCGGAACGUGUAAUAAAGAGUUUAAGAACAAAACGCAAUUACGUAGCCAUGAAAGAACUCAUACAGGCGAAAAACCAUAUCAAUGCGAAUUUUGUGAUAAUAAAUUUAGACAUAUUCGAUCUCUAAGACAGCACAAAUUUAUGUUUCACUACAAUAACAUUAUUACAAAUUUAAUGAAUAUGAAAAGAAUUCUCAUACUAAAUGGUACUUAGUCAUCAUGUGGACUCGAAGCACGAAAAUAAAAGACAACAUCUUUACAAUUAAGAUUACAAAUAGAGGGCUAUAUAAGAGCCAGAUGUGUAACAAGGAAGCUUUAAUUCAAAAUAAUAAGAAAUUACAAAAAACGGUUUGACGCCGCUCGGAUCAUUAUCAAUGUCACAGUAAAUUAUAAUUAUGAAACUAUUUGAAACCUAUAAAAUUGUUCUGUAGCGCAGUCCUCGUAUCCUUUACUUUGUCGAGUACAUAAAUGAAAAUAA